AUAAGAAAAGCAGCCUACAGAUUAAUCGAUUCAACAUAUAGCGUCUGCUAUUUAAGAAAUACUGUUGAGUUGCCGUAUAACCUACGGAAUAAUCAUUUUGAUUACUCGAUCAGGGCUGUGCUAAUGUUAGAGAUUAUAGAAAAUUCUUUUGCAAACAUUAUUUACAAGUAUAUGAAAUUGAGAAAAUAGUUUCUAUUGUCUAAAAUGCCGCUAGCAACUUUGACUGUUCCUUGGAAACAUGAACAAAUAAAUGAAAAGCAGAGCACUGAGAUUCUUUCUGCAGAGAGUCAAGAAGAAAAUAUUAUAAAGAGUUCCAUGGAUACACAUUCAAAUGGUUGUUCAGAAUCUCAUGAAAUUGAAGUUCGAGAUCUUGUUAGAGAUGGUUAUGAAAAAGCAGAACCUGGGCAUUUUGAACUUCUUAAAGUUCUUGGGCAAGGCUCAUUUGGCAAGGUGUUUCUGGUAAGAAAAACAUUAGGCAAAGAUAGUGGAACUUUGUAUGCUAUGAAAGUUUUAAGAAAAGCUACUUUGAAAGUUCGAGAUCGAGUAAGAACAAAAAUGGAAAGAAAUAUUUUAGUUGACGUGGAGCAUCCUUUUAUUGUUCGUUUACAUUAUGCAUUUCAAACUGAAGGAAAACUUUAUUUAAUUCUUGAUUUUUUAAAAGGAGGUGAUUUAUUCUCUCGCUUAUCUAAGCAGCUUAUGUUUACUGAAGAGGAUGUAAAAUUUUAUUUGGCAGAAUUAGCACUUGCUCUAGAUCAUGUACAUAGUCUUGGGAUUAUUUAUCGAGAUUUAAAACCAGAAAAUAUAUUACUUGAUACAGAAGGUCAUAUUGCUUUAACUGAUUUUGGAUUAAGUAAACAACCACUUGAUGAUACACAAACGUAUUCAUUUUGUGGAACAGUUGAAUACAUGGCUCCCGAGAUUGUCAAUCGCAAAGGACAUUCAUUUGCUGCUGAUUGGUGGAGUUUUGGAGUAUUAAUGUUUGAAAUGCUAACUGGUGCAAUGCCAUUUCAAGGAGCUAACCGUAAAGAAACUAUGACUCAAAUUCUUAAGGCUAAAUUGGGUAUGCCACAAGAAAUAUCACCUGAAGCGCAAUCACUUUUGCGUGUUUUAUUUAAAAGAAAUCCUGUGAAUAGAUUGGGCUUUAAAGGUAUAGACGAAAUAAAAAAACAUAUCUUUUUCCAAACUAUUGAUUGGCAAAAACUAUACAAAAAAGAAAUUAAACCACCCUUCAAACCAGCUGUUAGCCAAGAAGAUGAUGCAUUUUAUUUUGAUAGUGAAUUCACUUGUAAAACACCCAAAGAUUCACCGGGUGUGCCACCAAGUGCAACUGCGCAUGAAUUAUUUCGAGGUUUUAGUUUUGUAGCUCCAUGUUUACUUGAUAAUCAUGAUAAUUUUUUUGAACACAAACAAUGUGAAAAUGUUGCUAGUAAUUUCCCAGCUUACGUUAAUCCUACUUGUAUAACGGAUGAAUAUGAUUUUAAACAAGAGAUAGGCAAAGGAAGUUAUAGUACUGUUUAUUUAGCUAUUCAUAAAGCAACAAAAACGGAAUAUGCUAUUAAAGUAAUUGACAGAAAAAAACGAGACCCUACAGAAGAAAUAGAAAUAUUAUUACGUUAUGGAAGACAUCCACAUAUUGUUACUUUAAAAGCUCUUCAUGAAGAUGAAAGACAUGUUUAUCUUGUAUUAGAGCUAUUACGAGGUGGUGAACUUCUUGAUAGAAUGUUACAACGUCGUAAUUUUACCGAAACAGAAGCUGCUGAAGUUACCUAUACUAUUACUAAUGUUGUACAAUAUCUUCAUGAAAAUGGAGUCGUACAUCGUGAUAUAAAGCCUUCAAAUAUUUUAUACGCUAAACCUGGUUGUAAUCCUUUAACAUUGUGUAUUUGUGAUCUUGGAUUUGCAAAACAAUUAAGAGCUGAAAAUGGUUUAUUAAUGACACCCUGUUAUACAGCCAAUUUUGUGGCCCCAGAAGUACUAAAACGUCAAGGAUAUGAUGCUGCUUGUGAUAUUUGGUCUCUUGGUAUUUUGUUAUACAUCAUGUUAUCUGGUCGCAUUCCAUUUCCUAAUACUCCAGGGGAUACGCCAAACGAUAUUUUGGAUAAAAUCGUACGCGGUUACAUAGAUGUGGAAAGUGGUGUGUGGUGCCAGAUUUCUGUAGAAGCAAAAGAUUUAGUAAAACGUAUGUUGCAUGUGGAUCCAACACGAAGGCCUUCUGCAACCAAUAUAUUAAAACAUCCUUGGAUAAUGAAUAGAUAUCGUUUACCUUUAAAUUUCUUACCAGAUAUUAUUAAAGACCCAAUCAUUGUAAAGAACGCUGUUGCAGCAACUUACCAAGUCAUGUCUAAUAAUACAAGAUUGCCUCACAUAGGUCCAGUCGUAUUGUCAGAAUUGGCAAGACGUAGAACUCGAACAAAACUAUCUGCUAAUAUUCAUAUUUGAAAUCAGUCCAUCA